GAUUUUCCUAUAUUUACCCAGCAGAAUUCAAUUCAAUUGCGUUAGUUUCUAUAUAAAUAUACCUACAAACAUCUAAAAUGUGCAUAGAAAUGGCUGAAUUAAGUGAAAUCAAAACCUAUUAUGAGUUUAUUUUGCCUAAAGUUUUGGAAGCUGGAAAGAUAUUAUUGGAAGCCAAAAAUAUAAAAUUUAAACUAAAAAACAAUGUGGACUGGGAUUGGGUCACUGAGUACGACAAGAAAGUCGAGUCUGUAUUGAACAAACAAAUUAUGGAAAAAUAUCCAGGACAUUGCUUCAUCGGAGAAGAAUCCCAGGAAGACAAAAUCCAAUUGACAGAUGCACCAACUUGGAUUAUAGACCCUAUAGAUGGUACUGAAAAUUUUACUAGAAACUUGAGAUUGUCGUGCAUUUCUGUUGGAAUGACCAUAAACAAAAUACAAGUUUUUGGAAUUGCUUAUAAUCCGUUCAUGGAUGAAAUGUUCACUGCCAUAAAGGGCCAAGGGGCUUAUUUGAAUGGAGAGCGGAUAUUUGUUACUCAACAAGAUGAUUAUACUCAAUCGUUUUUCAAUUACGAAAUUGGAAUGGCAAGAGUCGGAGAGUAUUUUUACAAUUUGUACAUGUUCAGAUUGAAACAUUUAAUUGCGAAAGUAAUGAAUAUCAGAUCUUUAGGCUCAUCAGUGCUAGGCCUCUGCUACGUAGCUUGCGGCCGUACCGACGCCUACCAAUGCGACGGGCUCCACGUUUGGGACGCCGCCGCCGGUACUUUGAUAGUACGAGAAGCUGGCGGUUACGUGAUCGACCCUACAGGCAAGGAAUUUGAUUUGCUGAAACCUAAUUUUUUGGCUACUUCCACUAAAGCUUUGGCCGAACAACUGGUGGCAAUUGAAAAAGAAGCCGACAAGGAAAUGGAAAAAGUUACUGGGAAUAAUGGAGAGUUUGUGCCUUGAAGUUGUUAUGUUAUUUUUGAAAAAUAAAUAUGAUUGGCUGAUGUUUA